UGUAACUUCUCUUGAGUUGCAUUUUUCUGUAGAGUUACUUAUUAAGACACUUGCACACAUAAUGAAAUCAAAUGGGGUCUGGAUGUCUCUGCAUUUGAUUUUUAUAUAAAAAGCCACUCAAAAAUAAUGUUGAUGAUAUUAAAUAUUUCAUUAUUUGUAGUAACUGAUGUGUGAUAUACUUUAUAGCAAAACUGCAUUUUUUUAUUCAUCUUUUACUUCUGUUGCUACUUCAGACUGAAAACAGAUUUGGAAAGUUUUAUGUGUGAAUGUAGGUUGUUUUGGCUCUGUUUUCACUGGCUUGUUUGUUGCCUUUUUUUUCCCCCAACAGUCAUAUGUUAAAAGCUGCUCUUAAUAAGGGGUGUUUUGCUGUAUUUUACUGACCAUUAAAUAUACUUUGUAUUAGGUGCAUGUACUUAAACUCAGGUGCAUGUUUUGAAAAUGAAAUUUCCCUGUUACCUACAGCAAGUUUUAAAGGUUCACAGAAUAUUAAUAUUUUCAGCAAAAUAUGCCAUUUGAGCUAUCUCUCUGCAAUCUGAGAAGUGAAAUACUUCUGAGCAGGGUCAGAUGCUAGUAAAUAAAGCAUUAGGAUCCAUCUAGUAUUUACUUAAUGACAGAAAAACUAAUUAAGUAUACUCAUAAUUUAUUUUAACACAAAAUUCAGAUUGUCUUUUGCUCCAGCAGUCUUGGGAGAUGUGGAGUGGGGAUGAUAGGGAAAUAAGUAAGCAAUGUUUUGGUAUAUUACUGGUUACUGGGCUGUGAUUUAUUUAUUUUAUGACACGGCCAUGCUUUGCUAAGCCAUUCCAAAAGAGCUUAGCAGUAUCUGCUGUUCUUCCUGCUUGCCCUUUGUCUUCAGUUUUCCCCCCUGCAGUACUUCAAUUUAACUAGAUUAAGACUUGGUCUAGAGCAUCGUCCAUUGAAGUUGUCUCGGCAUGUCUGAAAGGAAGCUGUGCAGCAGGGCCAGUUAUGCCAGUUUCUUUGAACAUGAACAUGGCUAUGCCAUCGUGGUUUGAUAUCAUUGGACUUUCUCCAGAUUCACAGGAAGAUGAAGCUGGGAUCAAGCAGGCAGCGGAGAAUGUUAAAGCACUGAUAGAUCAAGAAGUAAAAAAUGGAAUUCCUUCUAAUAGAAUUAUUCUAGGAGGCUUUUCUCAGGGAGGUGCUUUAUCAUUGUAUACAGCUCUUACAACACAACAAAAAUUAGCAGGUGUUGUAGCCCUCAGCUGUUGGCUUCCUCUACGGGCUUCUUUUCCUCAGGGUCCCAUCAGUGGUGUCAACAAGGAGAUUGCUGUUCUUCAGUGCCAUGGGGACUGUGACCCAUUGGUUCCUUUAAUGUUUGGUUCUCUCACUGUUGAGAAGCUAAAGAGUAUGAUAAAUCCUGCCAACGUAACCUUCAGGACUUACUCUGGCAUGAUGCAUAGCUCCUGUAUUGAGGAGAUGAUGGAUAUAAAAGAGUUCAUAGACAAACAUCUACCUCCCAUAGACUGAAAUGAUAUGUGAGAAGCCUUCUAUAUAACACCAGCAUCAACUGUGGUAGAGUGUUAAUCUUUUCAUAUGCCUGAUAGAAAGCAUCACUUCUAUACCUGCAGUGUUACUACUGUGUUGCAAAUUUAUACUUAGGAUGAGGAUUAAAUAAUAACGUGUAAAAGAAAUUACAAUCUUUUUAGUAUUAACUGUCCACUGGUGGGACUAUAUGAAUGAGGCAGCUAGGUGACAAUGACAGAAUGUAACCAAAGCAUACUGUUUAAGAUGUGAUUUUUUUUGAUUGCAGAAUUUUAAACUAUUUGUACAAAUAAUUAAAAAACUAAAUAUACAUGAGCAACAUAAAUGCGACCAGUUUAGUUAUAUUUGGGAUGUGGUUUCUUCUUAAUACUUAUUGAGAACAUAUUAAAACAUUUCAUUUAUGUAAUGGAUGCAUAAAGUACACAACAUGUAACAUAGUGGGCAUAUAAUGAUGAAAUAAAUGUUACCAAGGACAAA